AACCAUAUAUAGAAGAAGCAUGGAACACGUAAAGGGGCAUACAGCAGGAACCUUCACAUCCAAGGCAAAUCAACAAAAAGUAUAAUAGAAUUAAAGAGUGGAAAAUCAAACCUGUCGAAUAAUUCGAAGAAGCUUAAUGCAUACGAAGUUCCAAAAGCCAGUUUCUUUUCUUUAUUCCUAUAGCUACUGUGAAUGCUUUAUAUGAUCAUAUCUCUCUCUCUCUUCAGUACGCAUGUGUCCUUUGUUAAUUAGCUAUGGCCUCUCUCAAAGUUGCCCUCUUUCUUCCUCUUCCUCUUCUUCUUCUUCUUGCCAUUUCCUUACUUUCUUCUCCAGUGCACUGUGAUGAUGAAGAAGACAUUCUAAUCACAUGCCUAAACAGUCACAGGGCAUACUUAAACCUCCCAGUUUUCGUCAAAAACGAAGGAGCAGAUUGUCUAGCCGACGAAGUUGCUCGAGAGUUAGGUGACGAACCGUGCAACAAGACCAACACCAAUAACCCAUUUCAAGUUGACCACAACAUUACUGACCUAAUAUCCAAAUGCGACAUCAACAUCACCCACACUAAAGAUGGUGCAGUAUUGCCUGUUUGUGUGCCUGAGUUGGAGCCAAUUGCAGUCUUUACUAAUUAUACAAGAACCCACUUCGCCAAAUACAUCAAUGACUCGAGAUUUGCUCAAGUUGGAAUUGGCAGUGAAGGUGAAUGGAUGGUGAUUGUUUUGAGCACAAACACUAGUAGAGGUGACUUUGCUGCUUUUGCUGGAACGAAUAGUUUGGUUUCUGCCAUUGGUUUCGGACAUUGCCUUGUGUCCUUCUUGUUGGGAAUGCUUUUCUAUUUAGCAAACUGAAGUGCCGGGAAUUGAACAUACUAUACUGUCUUACUAUAAGAAAGUACAUGUUGUUUUUAUUCAUUCAUUUAUUUCUAUUUAUUUUGUAUUGUAACUUAUAACAUGUAUUUAUUUAUUAUUUAUGGUUGA